UUGAGAAUUUGAAGGCCAACUAGCUCUGAGGUCGAUGGACUCUAGGUUGAUGUGGCCGUUCCAAUCUUCUCAUCUUGCCUCUCCCGAAGAUGAGUUCAGAUUUGUCGUUACCUAUGAUUACUGCUUUGGGCUGAAGCUUGAGAUUUUGCAAGUUAUUGCCGACUUUGACUCCUUCGUCUGUGCAUUGCGAGCACUGUUUGAAAAUCAUUGUUAGGCGCUGCUCUGUGGUUUGUGUGCUGUAAGCGUGGGAAAUCGACAACCCCAAUCUCCGGCCUUUGACUAAAAAGCCUCCAUUGUCGCUGCAAUGCCGCAUCCUCUUUAUCUAUUUUUCUGGGAGAUUGUAACCUUAAUCACUAGCUCGUGAUUGAUGAUAAGGUUAUCACUCAUAGUCCUGAUCAUCCGAGGCAUCAUGAAUUGCUCAAAGCUAGUGGAUGUACCAAUGAUGUUUGUUGUCAGUCUGUUCGCCAUCUUGGUAAUUUGUGGUACUGGUGGUCGCAAUUGGUCACUCAACAACUCACUUCCAUCUUAAAGUUCCCUUCUGCUUGCUUGCCUCUGAGAGGAGUUCUGCAGGGCACAUCUGUGACACCGUGAAGAACCACUCCAUCGGUUUCUGUGCGCCCGCAUGCGCCCAAGAUCUUCCUGCUUUGAUGAUAAUCUACUUUUUUCUAGCUUCUGAAUGAAGCUCAGAAAUCUCUCUGGACCUCAUGGCUGCAGCCUCCGUGUUCCCCCCUUUGGCUCGAGUUCGGUGUCGGAUGGACUAAAGCUGCGUUCUGGAAAUAUCAGGCGAGUUCAGGGCAUAGCAUUUUACAGAAAGUCGCAUUCAAAACAGACAGUUUCAAACCCUGGGGUUGACAUACGUCCAGCACAGAACGAGAGGGCAGAUGGAAGGGGGAGAACUUUGGCCACACCCAUCACGAUCUACUGAGAUGAAGGCAAAACUUUUUUAACGCUUUUUAGGGUUAUGUUGCUCAUAAGUGCAGAUGAGCAACGCAAAACGUGCAAUACUUUGAUGAGACCAUCAGAACUUUGCAUCUAGCCAGAAUUUUAUACUGUAUACGAUGUUUGAUAAGUUGUAGAUACUUGACCGUGCAUGAGCAGUACAGCUCUGGCUUCGGUCACUGAAAUGAGGUUGCAAUACAUCGUUUGUUGGACACUUCUGUUCGCUCCGACAACAACAAUGCAUGGCACCAGUUUCUGG